GCAGCAGAAGAAGAAGAAGCAGUGGUGCAGAUCCGGCUGGGCGAGCGGAGCUUCUCGGCGUGCAAGAGGCAGCUGCUGGAGCAGAGCGACUUCUUCCGAGCCCUGUACCGCUCGGGCAUGCGGGAGGCGGCGGCGGCCGCCCAGCCAGAGGUGCAACAGCUGCGCGGCGGCCUGAGCGCGGCCGGCCUGGAGCUGGUGCUGCGCUUCAUCCACACCUCCCACCUGGGGCGGCUGGAGGAGGAGGAGGGCGGCGAGCUCCCCCUGCUGGCCGAGCUGGUGGAGGCGGCCUCGUACCUGCAGGUGGCGCCGCUGCUGCGCCGCCUGCCCGCCCAGGUGCGCCUGGGCAACUGCCUGGAGCUCCGCCACCUGGCGCAGGUGUACGGCCUGCCGGAGCUGGAGGAGGCGUGCGCGCGCUUCAUGGGGGCGCGCCUCCACCAGGUGCUGCGCCGGCCCCAGGCGCGCCCCCACCUGCUCCUGCCCGCCGCCCUGCGCCUGCAGCUGGGGGAAAGGCGCCGGCGGGGCGCGGCCGCCGUGCUGGCCCUGGGCCACUUCGCGGGGGCCCCGGGCGGGUCGCCCUGCGCCGGGCUCCGCUACGACGAGGGGGCCCGGCGCUGGCUGGCCCUGCCCGGCGAGCUGCCCGCCGACCUGGGCAACGUGCGGGGCUCCGGGGCCGCCGUGCUGGACAACUACCUGUUCAUCGUCGGGGGCCGCCGGGCCAGCAGCCAGGAGAUCGCGGCCGCCCACUGCUACAACCCCUGGCUGGGCGAGUGGAGCCAGGUGGCUUCCAUGAACCAGAAGAGGUCGAACUUUAAGCUUUUGGCUGUCGAGGGAAAGCUGUAUGCCAUUGGUGGGCAGGCCCUCUCUAAUGUGGAGUGUUACAGCCCCGAGAACGACUGGUGGAACUUUGUGGCGUCUUUGCCCAGCCCCCUUGCAGAAUUCUCGGCAUGCGAAUGCAAAGGCAAGAUCUAUGUCAUGGGAGGCUACACGACAAGAGACCGAAACCUGAACAUCCUGCAGUACUGCCCUACCUCAGACAAUUGGACGGACUUUGAGUUGUGUGACAUCCACAUUCGCAAGCAGCAAAUGCUGUCCAUUGAGGAAACCAUCUACAUAGUUGGGGGCUGUAUCCACGAACUGGGAUCCAACCAAAAACCCAGCCAGAAUGAGGACAUGUUGACAGUGCAGUCUUACAAUACAGCCACCAAGGAAUGGCUCUACCUCAAAGAGAACACCUCGAAAUCUGGUCUUAAUUUGACUUGCGCUCUGCACAACGACGGGAUCUAUAUACUGAGUAGAGAUGUCACUCUCUCUACAAGCUUGGAGCACCGGGUUUUCCUGAAGUACAAUAUAUUCUCAGACAGCUGGGAAUCACUUAGGCCCUUUCCAACCUUUGGACAAAAUAUAUUGGUCUGUUCCAUGUAUUUGCCAAAUCUUAUUUGAAUGUAAACACAGUAGUUUUUCCCUUCAUAAAUUUGAUUUGUUAUUGAA